AUGAACCCAAUCACAUUUUCAGUUGUACUAACCAGCCUUGCUUCGGAACAAUUUUUAGCUGUAUCAAGUAGCCACUGACUUUUAGCCUGAAUAGGCUUAGAAAUUAACACAUUAGCAAUCAUUCCACUUAUAACCCAACAUAAACACCCACGAGCCAUUGAAGCCUCAACAAAAUAUUUUUUAACACAAGCAGCAGCAUCUGCACUUCUCCUCUUCUCUAGUUUAAAUAAUGCCUGACUCACCGGAGAAUGGUCAAUUUUAGAUUUAACAAACCCUCUGUCAUGCGCAACUAUAACCAUUGCAAUCUGUAUAAAACUAGGACUUGCACCUUUCCACUUCUGAUUACCUGAAGUCCUUCAAGGACUUAGUUUAACAACAGGAUUAAUCCUAUCCACAUGACAAAAACUCGCCCCAAUAGCUAUCUUAUAUCAAAUCGCUCCAAUAUUAAAUACACCACUUCUUCUCACUCUAGGUCUCACAUCAACACUUAUCGGCGGAUGAGGGGGACUCAAUCAAACUCAACUACGAAAAAUCUUAGCUUUCUCAUCUAUUGCCCAUCUUGGUUGAAUAAUUUCUAUUCUCCCAUUCUCACCCCAGUUAAUAAUUUUAAACUUAACAAUUUACUUAAUUAUGACCUCCACGAUAUUCCUUGUACUAAAAACUAUCUCAUCCACAAAAAUUUCUUCUUUAGCUACCUCGUGAUCUAAAACCCCAUCCACUACGGCACUCUCACUUUUAACUCUUCUUUCUUUAGGUGGCCUUCCACCUCUUUCAGGGUUUGUACCAAAAUGAUUUAUUAUUCAAGAAUUGACAAGCCAAAACACAACUAUUCUAGCCACAACACUAGCUCUGUCAGCACUACUCAGCCUAUUUUUCUACCUUCGCCUAACUUAUAUUGUCACACUAACAUCAUCACCAAAUACAUCAAACGCAUCAUUAACAUGACGACACCACUCUAAACAACCAACACUUUUAUUAUCAAUCGCAUUAAUCCUAUCCUCAUUUAUUAUUCCAAUUUCACCAUUAACUUUAACAUAG